AUGUUUGAUUAUAAAUAUAUCUUUAUAAACCAAUGUUCUAAAAAGAUAAAUUCAAGUGAUACAUCAUCAUUAAAUGAAGAAACAUUUGAUAAACAGUCUUCAUUAAUAUCGAAUUACAGUGUUGAGAAAAAAGAAAUUUUACAUAAAAAAAUUCAUUCAUUUAGUCUUCUAUUAGUAAUAUGUUUAUUAAUAACAAAUUGGUUCUGUUUAGGAUUAGUAUAUAUAUUUCCAAAAUUUUAUCCAAAUUUAAUUAUAAAUUCAACGAAUAUUUGUAUUUAUCAAGGUUUUUUUCUACAUGUUUUAACAGUUUUUCAUUUACAUUUAAUAAUAUGUUUAUAUCUUCUUUGGCAUUUUUGUUUUCUACUCGAAAAUUAUUGGCAAACAAUAACAUAUCAACGAAUUUUCUAUUUACUUAUAUUUAUUUUUAUGUGUUUAUGUUUAUUUACAUUACCAAGUAUAAGUAAUGAAUGGGCAUCAAUUAAAUAUGAUAAAACUUUACAAAUUUGCAUUGUAAAUUAUACAUAUAAUUAUUCAUAUACAUUCUUUAUAUUAACAUUUAUUUGUAUUAUACCAUUUAUCAUAUUAAUAAUAUCUCAUCGACAAUACAUGAUAAGUAUUAAAAAUCGAAUAUCGAAAAUAUUUUCAAUUGAUCUAUUAGAAGAAAAAACUCGAUUUCAAUAUUCAUCUUAUAUUAUUCUUAUUUGGUCUUGUUUUAACAUUUUACUUUUAAUAUUAUUACAUAUACCAACUGAAUAUAAACAAAUUCGAAUGAUUGUAUAUUAUACUCAAUUAUUAUCGUAUUUAUUCGAUCCAAUUUUAUAUAUAUUUAUUUUUCGUACACUAUCUAUAAUAAGUUUAUUAAGACCAAUUAAUGAAAUUUAUUUAGUAUAA